GCUUACAACCAUAUGAGCCAGCCACAAAGUGCAUGUCAGCGGGACCCAUUCAUCUGUAAGGAGGCCAAGGUUACCAGCGUCUACGUGCAGGCCCAGAUGUACAAUACGAGUGUCCAACCAGGAUAUCUCGCAGCAAGGGAUUCAGGCUGCCAUCCUGCAGCAAACAGCAGAGUAUAUAUACCAGCUUGAGCAGGAGAAGACUCGCCUCUUGUCUCAAAACUGUCAGCUUAAGCGCCAUCUGAAUCAGCAGCAGCACCAUGCAGAUGUUGAAGGAAGUCCAACGGGGGGAGAAAGCCCAUGUGAUGAUGGCGGCAGCAGUGGAGAAGCAGUGGUUGUUAGCACCCAGGUGGAUGGGGGUCCUGCCACUGAAGAACUGCGCCGUGAGAUGAUUGACCUUCGGAUGCAACUGGACAGAGAGAGACGCCAUCGUAUGACUCUUGAAGAGCAUAUCCGAUCGCUUGAUGCUCAAACAUAUCCUGAGCGUAUGAAGGAAAUCUCAGUAACGAAAGAGGAAAUCCGUGAGCCCAAAGUUGAGGCACUAACAGUGCCAGUAUCAGGAGCAGUGUUGGGGCCAGCUUCAGGGGGUAUUUUGGGAGCAGCAGGCCUUGUGCCUGUAACAGGACAGGUGACAAGUGUAGUAGAGGUGAGCACAACUCCUCGACCAGCCAACACUCCUACCAUCAAAACUGAGCCACAGUCUCCUCAUCAGUCUCUCCUUCACCAACACCUACUUCAUCCAGCGGGCCCUGCAACCACAGCCUGUACAACCACCCCAGUUGCUGCUAUUGCUACAACUACAUCUUCAGUUGCAUCUAUGACUAUGAUCACCACCAGUAUUGGUCAGCCACCACAACGCCAGCCACCAACUGCUGUUCUUAGUCGUCAGUCAUUACCUCCAAAUUCACACACACAAGUUCCAGCAACAGUUGUUUCAGGAAGCCCAGCAACUACCAUUGUCACUGUUGUACCGUCAUCAAAGGGAGGUGUUGAUUCCUUACCAUCAGUAUUUGAGGCAUUAACUGCUACUGGUCGAUUUGGAGCUAAGGUGGAGGUCGAGCCUGAACCUCGUGUUCCAUCCCCUGAAACUACCAUAGAAUAUGUGGAUGAUAACAAGAAUCACACUGUAUAUAUUGUGAACUCAACAAAUGCUGCUUGUCAGAAGUCACUUGAUACCAUUUGUGAGGCUAUACGUCAUCUAGAGGGUGACCACAUGUUCCAAACUGAGGAUCAGCAGCCACGUAUUGAAGAGGAGAUAAUUACAGAAGAAACGCUAACUAUUGAAGACCACACUGGCCUUGGAGAAGCACAGGUUCCAGUAACUCUUGGAGGUCAAGUAACUCUUGGAAGUGGACAAGUGACUCUUGCAGGGGAGAAUGAACCAAUUACUCUGCACAUGGUUGGAGAACCUCAAGAAGUUCCUCUUGAACUAACCACAACACAUCGUCCCACUCAGCACUUGUCUAACCUCUCAAACACUAGUAGACUACCCCAUCACUCUACUAUUAAUCUCACUGCCAACAGUCGUUUGGGUCCUCAUCCUGUCACUAAUGUGUCUACUCUAUCGAGCAGCACGAGGAUUCCUCAGCAGUCACCAAAUUAUACUACAACAAGCAUUGAAGCAGUGCCUAUUUCCAGUAUUUCUACCACAUCUGCUUCCCUCUCCUCCCCCUCAUCAAAUUUGCUGCAUGCAACAAGGCCAGGUGUCAUUGUGGUGAAACAUCCAUAAAAUUAUUAUUUAAGACCUUUUAUGUGGGUCACCUGUGUUAAUACGUUAAGGAAUUAGAUAGUACUACUGGCAACUGAAAGUCUUGAAAUAAAGUACUUUGUGUUUUCUUGCAUAAGUUUAUGGACUCGGUUCUUGUGCUAGACUUGUGGAUGGCAUCUUCAAUUUGCUGAGACACUUAAGCUGUGCGGCAAAAAAAAAAAAAUAAAAAAUAAUAAAAAAAAAUAAAGAUAGUGUUAUUUCACUGAAUGGCAUUCUAGAAUGAGUGGUCAGGUAUUGAAACCUGAAUUGUAAAACCUGUACAUAGCAUAUUUUGGUGUAUAAAAUGUAGGUUAAGUGAUUGGAGAUCUGACAAGUCACCAGAUGCACCAAUAGUGACUGGCAGAAUCUCAUGUGUCAUCUGCUUGAUUGUUCUGCUUUGAUGGAAAUUGUUGCCACAUUUAUAUGUAGUUUUUGGGCAGGGCUUUCACUACGAACUAUACAGUUGCAAUCUAAACACAUAAGUAAAGAAGAGCUUUGGGUAUAAUGAGCGCUAGGUCUUCUGCUUUUGGUUUACAUUGGCAAAAACAGACUGUACAUCUGAAGAUGAAUUCUCAAAUAAAAUUUUGGGGCAUAGCUGUUCUGGGUGUAUGGCAUAAAGGAAUAUCUGACUUAGAAUUAGAGGUGAAUAAAAAUAUUUGUUAGAAUAGCACAUGUGAUUUUAAGUUAGGGCAGAGGCUUUGUGAUUGGUAAAUUGUUGCUGGAGCCAUAGCAUGGAUCCAUGAUUAUAAUUUUUUUUUAAGUAUUAAUCAGUUUUCAGAUUUUUAAUGGGGAAAAUGGUAUUUCAAAGAAAGUUUUGAGUUGUAGUAAUUGUUCAGUAAACUGUAUAAUAGUUUAGUUGCAGUUGAAAAAUUUACAUACUGGCAAUAGGAAGAUGUUCUAUUUUACAUCACAGAUACAUUGUUUAUUGAGGCAUUUUAUAUAUUUUAGUUUAUACUUGCCUGACAUUGCUUUAUUUGGGAUUAUUAUUAUUUACCCAGGAUUAAAAGGGUAACUAUAAUGAGUCUUAAAUAAUGGAAGGGGAUGCAGUUGUCAAUCACCAAGUAGUUCUUUAUUCUUUACAUAAUUUCAUUGACAUGCUUAUGUAAUACUUUCAAUAUUAGACAUGGUAUUAGCCUGUGUUUCUUUAGGGUAUGCUUGUUAAGGCAUUUGCUUUCAAGGUAUUAUGUAAAUUUGAAAAAGGACACCUUCAAAACUGCAUAAAAUUCUGGUGCGUUAAAGCAAAGACACUUCAUUGCAAAGACACUUUUUAUAAUGCCUAUAAAAUAUUUUAAAACAAAAUUUAAGUGGUAUUAUUCUUUUGAUGUAUACAUUAAGAAUGUUGAUAUUUUUGUUUUUUAUAAGUAUAAAUCAUGGGUUGCAAAUAAGAAUACUUUUGAUUUUGUGGUCAGAUCUUUUUUGGCACAUUGGGGAAUGUUUUAAGAUUUCCCUUCAAAUUUAUCUUUCCUUGAUAAACAUUGAAACUAAAAAGAUUUGCAAUGUCGUUUAAUUUCAUUAUACAAAAAAAAAAAUUGCUUUGAAUAUACUGGUUGUAAUAAAUUGAAGCUACUGCCCAGAUACUACAUACUAUUAAUGCCAAGGUGUUUUUGUCUGACAGUGCUGUUUUGGCCCAGUGUGUAUUGUCUGACACAGGACAUCUAUGGCCCAGUAUGUACUGAAUUAAAUAAUGCUCUCAAAUUUAAAUGGACAAUCCCAGCCUACAAUUGUCUAAAGUAACUUAAAAAAUGUGAGUCAUUGUGUCAAUGUGAUUCUAAUGUACCUGGGUAGAGGAUGCAUGGUUGGAAGUUUACUCCAAAAAUUUAAAAUUUUAGGCACUUGCUUCCUUUUCAUUUCCUAAGUUGUGAAAUGAAAAAAAGUUGGCCAUAACAAUCGGUGUUAAUGUCGGUUAUGAUCGUGCUAGAGCCCUAGUCUAACCCCAGUGUUACAGUGUAUUAAAGUGGGAUAUUGGAUAUGAAUACUGGAACACAUUUGAUGUUCCUGAUAAAUUAAAUUAAUUUACAUUUAAAAUGUUUAGGAAUAAUUGUCUACAUUGUUAUGGAAGACAUAGAUUACCAGUGAUAGUUUCUCACUGCAUGUUCAAAAAUCUACCAACCCAUAUGUAUCUAUCAAAAGAGGAAUUGGUAAUGAAAUAAUGUACAUAUGAUGUGUUUACAUUUGUUAGUACGUAUAUAGCUUAAUUGAUUUUUCCCCCUAAUUUUUGUAGAUACAAAUUGGAAUAAUUUAACAGUACAAGGCAGCUACAUGCAAGUACAUUGUACCAUUUUUUUUUUUUUUGCUUUGGCAACCAUAAGUGCAGUAAUUAAAAAAAAUCAAUGCAGGCAGGAUAAGUUUGAAAUUUUUUAGUUUCAUGUCUUGGUCAGUCUUGCCUAAAUUUUACUAAAAUGUAAGAAUGGGUACAUUUGCUUGUCCAGGGGAAAUUAUUUAAGUGCCAGUUACAUAAAAUAAGGUUUGCUUCUGUGGAGCAUUACAUAUUAGUUAAAAACAUAUGUAAAACAAAAAAAAAAAUCAAUGUACAGGGCAAAAUUAGCAUUAGCUAUUACUGAGGGAGGGGCUUAAGACAUCUCCAGGUUAGGAAUUACAUUAAUUGAUAUGAGAAUGUUCCCAUCCCUUUUAUUGGUAUUUACAACAUUUUAAGCUCAGCUGGCUGAGUUCCUACCUUGGCCUGUUUGUACACCAUUGUUUUGAUAAUAAAUUAUCAAAUUGGAAAUUGGUGUGGAUGUAUCUUGAGGUGUAUUUGCACAGAUUUACUCAUGUGAUUUUGAUACAUUUUUUAAUUAAGAGAAAAUCACUCAGCUGAGCUUCUGGCUGUCUUGGGCCGCUUGUUUAGGGGAUAGGGUAUAUAUUUAAUGACUUUUUAUUUACAAGCCUUUCAGUCUUGGCAAGUAUAUAACUUACUGGGAGGCUUCAGCAUUUGCUCAAGUAGGGUACUUUAGGACCAAUUCUGUUUUGGCAUGGGAGGUUACCUUAAUGGGUAUGUCAGUAUUUUGAAUUAAGAGGGAUUUGUAGCAGUAAGGAUGAUUAUGCUAAAUGUAAGUGUUGGCUUGGUCUGUAGGUUUGAAAUUUGCUAAAUGUCUUAUCUCUUGUGCCAGAAAAGAAUUUUGUCUUACCUCAUAACAGUUUUGGAAGCAGUCCAUGGUGUUUUAAGCACCUAGUAGCAGCAUAGGGUUGAGGUUUUGCAGCUUGGGUGAUGGAGUGGCAAUUUGAAAUAUUUAAUCUUAAGUGUUGUAUGAAAUUUCAUAUUCAGUGUUAAUGUUGACAUUUUAUAGUGUAAACUAGUACAGAAGGCAAGGCCAGUAUACAUUUGUAUCCCAAACUCAAUUUUUAUUUCAAUUUGUUUCCUUUUCCUCCAUAUUCAUACUGCCAGCCCCUUGCAUAUGCUGCUAUUUGCUGCUUGGUGUGGCUUUCAUAUUUUCUUAUUCUUAUUGAACAUUUGUAAUUAACAAUGUUGGGUACAGUUUUACUGUAACAAUUCCCAUAUUGCACAUUCAUGUGUAAGCAUAAUCUGUGUAUUGCUGAAUUUUGGGAAUCACAGUUUUAACAUCGCAGUUAGGCUUUCUGAAUGCAUUGAUUGUGGGACAAGUGGGUGUGCAAGUAUUAGAGAGCUGGCAGAGCACAUGUUCAAGUGAGAGUAUUUGAUUUUUUUUUUUUUCGAGGAAGAGGCAAUGGAGCCGACAUAGGUCUUAUGAUAAUAAGGACAGCAAAUUCUGAUCUUGCAGAUGUUAAGAGUUCAGAAACAAAUUUUAGCAUAUAGUUAUUCCUUAGAUUAAACUAGGGUUUUGAGUCUGUCUUAAAUACCCAUCAUUAAUUUUAGAAGAAAAAUAACAAGUCAGAAUAGAAUCAGCCAAUUAACCUCUGCUAUUUGAAUCUCAAAAGAAAUGACUCUCUGAAGAGAGAGGGGGGUUUGGCCAUUGCUAACUAAAUACAUUUUAAUUAGUAGCAACUUGCACUUGUCAGUGCAAGGUAUUUGAAAGUACAAAUAUUUAUUACUAGCCUCCAGAAUUUUGAUGUGUUGCUUCCCCUUGGAUGUCCAUAUUUUCUCCCAAAAAGCUGAAAACUGCCAAUAAAUUUUAAGGAGUAGAAUAAUUUCUUGGUGUCUGAUAAAAUUUUGAUUUUUUAAGUUUUUGGGAAAAUGUAGACUUCCACUGGAAUGAAACGUAUUGGUCCAAUACUCUCACUGUCAUGUAAACAUUGUGUAUACAUGGUGUUAUUUCUAGUGAUGGUAAACCACAGUGCACAUGGUUGAGUGCUAAUGAUGUUUUAGUAGCUAUGCUCCCACAUGUAUAUGCAGGUCAUUACUGCAGUGAUAAAAAAUUCCCAUCAUAUUGAGAUUCCACAUAUAUGUAGGUGAUCUGUGCAGUGACAAGAACUCAACAUUUUGUGCUGACAAAUUUGUACAUAAUUAGGUCAGAUUACUGCAGUGAUGUUACCCAGUGCUUUUGCCACCACUUGUGUCUGCAGGAUAACCCCCUUAAAACCAAAGAUUUGUACUUUCUGUUGCCCUGUCAGUUUCGUGUUUUCAUUGAUACUUGUACAUUUGAGUUAAGUCUGAACCUCGCAAAAACUCCAAACCCAAACUUUUCCUAGCAGGCAUCUGCUUUAAUUUUUUUUUCUUUUCUUCACAAAUAUUAUAUAACUGGAGAUAUAAUAUGGAAAAAUUAUUUGA